GAGUCGAAAUUAAACAGCACACCCUGCAGCACUCUUAGUAUCACUCCCCCUUCCAUCAACGUACCAGUGCUCGAGCCGAGAAGGUUCACGAUGGAUAUCCUCUUCUCUGCAAUCGUAGGCGACCUCUUCGGCAGGUCCGCAUCCUUCGUGAUUAACAAAUACUGCCAGCAGCAGCCUGACAUCGGCAUGAUUCUCCAGAGGCUAGAGAGAGUUGUACUGAGAAUCGACACCGUUGUCGAGGAGGCAGAGGGGCGGCACAUCCCCAACCAGGGGAUGCUCCGUCAGCUCAAGCUGCUGAAGCAAGGAAUGUACAGAGGCCACUACAUUCUUGAUGCCUUGAGAUUUCAAGCCAUUGGCAAGGAGGGGGAGCACAAAGAGGGGGAUGGGGGGAGCCGCUCAUCUUCUGCACUGUCUAAAUUCAGUCCAGCCAAACGGCUUCGUUUCUCUCGCAACGGCAGUGGUAGCUGCAACAGAGGAGCACAAUUGUUUGGUACAAACAACAACAUACAAGAAGAGCUACAACGGGUGGUUGACACCCUUGAAGACACAAUGGCUGGUAUGAAGGAAUUUCAUUUCUUCUUGAAGUUGUAUCCUCGGGUAAUGCGCCAACCUUACGGCGCAUAUUUGCUCUUGGACAAUUGCAUGUUUGGUCGCCAAACCGAACGGCAACGGAUCCUGAAUUUCUUGCUGUGUUCCGGUGCUGCUCCAGAUUUGGCUGUACUUCCGAUUGUUGGUCCAAUACGAGUAGGAAAGAGGACUCUUGUUGAGUAUGUGUGUAGGGAGGAGAGUGUGCGCACUCGCUUCUCGAUGAUCCUCUUCUUUCCAGAGGGCAGUCUCAAGGAUGAAAGAGUUAUCGACCUGAAAGGUAACAAUAUUGACGGUCUUGUCAAACAUCACAAUUGUGCUUCUCAAAACAGGUUGCUGAUUAUUGUCGAUAUAGCUGAGGGCAUUAACGAGGAAACAUGGAGAAGUCUGAAAUCUUCCGCAGCCUGCAUGACACCGUGUGGUGGGAGUAAAAUUAUAAUCACCAGUCGAUCAGAUAGAAUUGUGUGUCUGGGAACAACAGAAGCACUUCGAUUGGACUAUCUGCCUCAAGAAGCCUAUUGGUAUUUUUUCAAGUCGCUUGUAUUUGGGAGCACAAAUCCUGAAGAGGAGCCAAAACUGGUUACGAUGGCCAUGGAGAUCGCUUUGGAACAGAAACAAUGUUUCACAAUUGCGCGUAUCAUUGCUGGGAUACUGAGAGAUAACUUCAAUCCUCGAUUUUGGCACACAGUUCUUGAAUGUAUGAGAGCAUAUAAACAGGCGCACUACCUAAAUUCUGACAAGCAUCCAAAUCUUUGUUUGCGGGAAGAUGAACCAGUGUAUUAUUGGCGAUUGGGGAGGAGCAGUAACUUCUUGGUUUGCAAUCAUCGUCAGUUAGAUUCCAGUGAGGAUGUCCCUAAGAUCAGUGUGCAAGACAUCAUCUUAGGAUGUGGUGGUAAACUACCACAUGGGAAAUUUGAGGCUCUUGAAUGGAGGUCCCGCAUACCACCCUACAACAACUACACAAUUAACUGUGAGGUGAAAGCACCAAAACCUAUGGCGGAUAGGAAGAAGCGUGUAUCUCAGGAUGAAGGCCGUUUUAUUUGAGUAACACAUUCUCUGUGAGUCUGCCACUAGCAUCAUGUAUAUGCUAUGUAUUGUCUUGAGAAUUAGAAAUUAUUAUUGCACAGUCUUAAUUUAGGAACCUUGUGGCUCUUGCCAAGUUAGUUAACAUAUAUGUCUGUUAAUGUGAAGGCAUGGUGGAGUACUAUCCUAGUAGUAUAUAAGUUUCGCAUGUCGAGUACACCGUGACUGUGUGUGUGUAAGUACUUUGAGAGUCAAGUCAAUGUUUGAGUUACCUGUUAAAUAAGAGUCGAAGAAAAAAUCUGUAGAGGAGUCUGUAUCCUGUUGAUCUGGAUACUAUGGGUACCAUAUAAACCCAAGCCUUGUAAUAUAUCUUGAAUAUGAAGAAAAAAGUAGAUAAAAUGCCCUAAA